GUAGUAAAAACGUCAAGGUCAAAAUGUUAGUUUAUAAAAAUAUUUUAAUAAGUGCUGAAUAGUUAAUGAAAUCAGUAAAAUUAUAUUAGUUUAAACAUUCCAUUUUAAUAGUUUUUAUGAAUUAAUAAUCAUGUUUAAUAGCCGAAAGUCUUUGUUUCAAUUUCCAAUUGUUGUGAUAGGAGAAAGAGUGAAUUAUGUCAACAGUCCGCAUGUUAUUGCAAUGGUUGGAUUGCCUGCAAGAGGAAAAACUUAUAUAGCAAAAAAACUUUCAAGAUACUUAAACUGGAUAGGCAUUAACACAAAAGUUUUCAAUCUCGGUGAAUAUAGAAGACAUGCUACAAGUGAAUAUAAAAGUCAUGAUUUUUUCCGACAAGACAAUGAACAAGCCAUGGCAAUUCGAGCAAAAUGUGCUGAAGAUGCUUUAAAAGAUGCUUGCAACUGGCUUGAUAAUGGUGGGGAAGUAGCAGUCUUUGAUGCUACGAAUUCCACUAUAGAUAGAAGAGAGAUGAUAUAUGAUAUUGUUGUGAGAAAAAUGAAAUUUAAGUUGUUCUUUGUAGAGUCACUUUGUGAUGAUCCUCAAAUAGUAGAGCAGAAUGUAAUGGAAGUUAAAGUUAGCAGCCCCGAUUACAUAAACAUGAACACAGAAUCAGCUCUAGAGGACUUCAUGAAGAGAAUUGAGCAUUAUAAAGAAAGAUAUGACAUUUUAGAUGAAACUACAGAAGGGCAUUUAUCAUUCAUGAAAAUAUAUAAUACAGGAGAAAAAGUAAUAGUUCAUAAACAUGAAGGGCACAUUCAAUCUAGAAUUGUUUAUUAUUUGAUGAAUAUACAUAUCACUCCAAGGACUAUAUAUUUGACAAGACAUGGAGAAAGUAAACAAAAUUUGCAAGGACGUAUUGGAGGAGAUUCUGAUUUAAGUGAAAGAGGCGAAAAGUAUGCUGCGGCAUUGGGUGCUUACAUUACCGAACAAAAUAUAGACGGUUUACGUGUUUGGACAUCAUGGAUGAAACGUACAAUUCAAACUGUCAGUAGCGUUCCAGCACCACAAGAGCGAUGGAAGGCGUUAAAUGAGCUUGAUGCAGGUAUAUGUGAAGAAAUGACCUAUGCAGAAAUUCAAGCUAAGUAUCCUGAAGAGUUUGCUUCUAGAGAUGCGAAUAAAUUUGCUUACCGCUAUCCAAGAGGUGAAAGUUAUGAAGAUUUGGUUGCUCGCUUAGAACCUGUCAUCAUGGAACUGGAACGUCAAGGGAAUGUAUUAGUAGUUUCGCAUCAGGCUGUAUUGAGAUGUCUGUUGGCAUACUUUCUGGAUAAAUCUGCAGACGAACUGCCUUACCUGAAAGUACCUCUACAUACAAUAAUAAAGUUGACACCUGUAGCAUAUGGAUGCAGAAUGGAGUAUAUAAAUUUCUCUAUUGAUGCUGUUGAUACUCAUCGUCCUAAACCUGCCAAUAAGCUGUGAUAAUUAAGAUGCCUCCAUUCCAUCUACAAUAGAUG